GAGGACUGCUGCUGUGACACCAGAGGACUGACUGCUGCCUUGGCACCAGCCCCUUGUCCCUCCUGGCAUCUCCUCCCGAUGGCCCUCCAGAGGCUUUGUGUGCUCUCGGUGACGCUGCUGUGGGGCUGCACAGUGUCCUUCCCCUCCCAGCCCACAGCUGCCCCACCACGAGACCUUCAGAUCACUGACCCUGGGCUCUUAGGCUGCCUUGACAUCGAAUGGAAGCCUCCUGCCAGCCUGCUGAGCUUCAACGACUGUGCAGUCACCUACAAGUUUGAGUACCGCAACGCUGGGGACAGGGACUGGAAGGUUAUUUUUACUAGGAAGCUAAAAUUCAGAGUUGGGUUUGACCUCAGCAGGACUGUCGAAGCGAAGGUGCAGACACUGCUCCAAGGAAGCUGUACCCACGGCGUGGAGGUGCACAGUGACUGGAUUUAUGCCACCUUCCAGGUGCCACUGCAAGGAAAACUGGAAUCAGAGGUUCAGAAUUUCCACUGCAUCUAUCACAACUGGGAGUACCUUAAGUGCACCUGGCAACCAGGUCUCCUUGCCCCUCGAGGUGUCCAUUAUGGGCUGUAUUAUUGGUACGAGGGGCUGGGCCAGGUGGUGCAAUGCGAGGACUACAUCCAGGAUCAGGGCAUCAACACAGGCUGCAGGCUGCAGAACCUGAGCCAGGCGGAGUACAAGGAGCUGAGCAUCUGCGUCAACGGCUCGGGGGCAGCCACGCUGCUGCGGCCGCUCUACGUCACCCUGCGCCUGCAGGACCUGGCAAAGCCCUUUCCCCCGCAGCAACUGGUGCUUUCCAUGUCUGCAUCCGGGGAGCUCCAUGUGGCAUGGAGCCCACCAGGUGGGGAAACACCACCCCAGUGCCUGGAGUAUGAAGUUCAGCUGGCAAGAGAUCAGGGGCAGGCCAAGGCUGCCUGGAUGUCUGUGUCAACCCAGAUGGAGACAGCUUUGUCCAUUCCCCGAGCAAACCAAAGCCUCGCUGCCUGCGUCCGUGUCCGGGGCAGGACAAACAUCUUCUGUGCUGAGCAGGGCUUCUGGAGCGAGUGGGCACAGGAGUGCUUCUCUGAGGCCAGAAAAGGGGACAAGCAGCUCCUUAUCCUCAUCCCACUCAUCCUGAGCCUGUCAAGCAGCCUCAUCACAUUUGUGUUGAUUGGCCAGUGCAGGAAAAGGUCCCCUGCAGGAAAGCUGCCCCUGGAUGCCUCCGUGGGAAGCUAACUCUGCCUGUGACUGCUGUACCUCCUGUACUGGAUGGAUUGCUCUCACAACAUCACCCAAGAAGCCCUGAGCUGUCCAUAGCCCACAAGGGGCUUCUCUGCCUGCUGCCAUCCCAGAGCCUGGCUGCUGCAAUUCAAGCACUCAGCAGGCCAAGGAAAACAUUGGAGGAGUUUCAAGGGGAGUCUGGAGCAAGCUCCUGGUCACAGGACAUGGGAGAGAAAGGAGGCAGCAGCAGCAGCUGCCCUGAAUA